UCGAAGCUGAGCCAAAGAAAAAUGGCUCCAAGGUCGCAAAAUUUCCGACCAGAGCUGAGGUGAGCGCCGCAGGCACGAGUUUCUUCCUUCGGUCGGCUUUGAUGAGGGCCUGUUGGGUGAGGUCAUCAGGGCCAGCCGCCACUGCCCUUUCAUCUCUAGGCUGCCUUUUCCUGCUGCUGCUGCUGCUGCUGCUGCUGCUGCUGCUCCCUCAGGGAAACCCCCUCAGCAAUUACUCAUCCAGGACUUUUUACCUGACGCGCACUCCGCCAAUAAAUAACCCUACAAUUUCCCACGUAACGGUCUCGCGCGUCAUUCAACAUGUCCCAUCUCGCAUUCCAAGACCCACUCACAUCACAUCAUCAGUUCACCCUCCCAGGAGGGUGUCGUGGGUGAUUGCCUCUCUACUGCAAGCGCCUCGCCCGCUUUGCAAGGGCAGCCGCCCGGCUUGCUGAAUAAGGCUGCAUGCUGCCGAAUCUGUUCAGGCCGGUUUGCGAGAAGCUAGCCAUACCGUGUCUCGGCAUGCGUAAAAGUCAAGGCCGAGCGGCGACCUGUUCUCGUAAAGUCGGACAUCGCUUGAAGUAAUCCCGCGAAAAUAUAUUCCCGAAUAUUGUACUCCGCAAAUAUGCUGUAAAUAAGAUGCAGCAUAGGGCACCGAUGAACCCCUACUUGCUGCUACUUUAUUCCAUUCAUAGGAACUACCA